GCUUUUAAACCAGUCAGUAAUCAGUUCGCCACAUAAAUUUCCGGUUCCGGGUAAAAUUUUGUACGUGGCUCCCUGCCGGGUAUACCAGAAAGAGAAUAGCCAUUAUGGCUAAGCAGAAUGAGCUUAUGGAUAAAGCAGAGGACGUAGCUGACCAGGUGCUACGGCAUUCUAAACAUAUAUUACCACACGUAGCCCGGUUUUGUUUGAUUAGCACCUUCUUGGAAGAUGGCAUACGUAUGUGGACACAGUGGGGAGAACAACGAGACUACAUGAAUAUAUCGUGGGGAUGUGGGUAUUUCCUUGGCACGAUGUUUGUUCUAAUCAAUCUGAUUGGUCAGCUUGGUGGAUGUGUAAUGAUCUUGAGUAGACAAAAGGUUCCCAUUGGCUGUGGAAUUCUCUUCUUUAUCAUAGCUUUACAGACUGUUGCCUACAGCAUAAUCUGGGACCUGAAGUUUUUGAUGAGAAACCUUGCCCUGGCUGGUGGUGUAUUGUUGUUGCUGGCUGAAAACAAAGCUGAAGGUCGGAGCCUGUUUGCCGGUCUCCCUUCACUCGGAGAAAACAACCCGAAGCAGUAUAUGCAGCUCAGUGGGCGCAUACUGCUUGUCCUGAUGUUCCUCACAUUACUACGCUUUGAACUGGACUUCCUUCAAAUCAUUCAGAAUCUGGUCGGCACAGCAUUAAUCAUUCUCAUUGCCGUUGGAUAUAAAACAAAGUUGUCUGCCCUUGUUCUAGUAGUCUGGCUUACUUGUCUGAACUUUUAUUUUAACGCAUUUUGGAAUAUCCCUGGGUACAAGCCAAUGAGGGAUUUUCUGAAGUAUGACUUCUUUCAGACCCUCUCAGUGGUUGGUGGUCUGUUACUUGUGGUUGCAUUUGGACCAGGGGGAGUAAGCAUGGAUGAACAUAAGAAGAAAUGGUAGAAUAGUCUCCCUUUAGGAAAAAAAAUUGUACACAUUGUUGAUAAAGAUAUUGUUUUAGCCAAAUAAAUUGACAUUAUUUUGUUAAGUUCGGUAUUGUAAUGACAUGCAUGCAUGAUUGAGCUUUACUGUGUGUGAUACUUGAUUAUAGAAAGAAUACCUAAAACUGUAUUGAACUGCAGUUCAGCAGUUUAAAAAAAUGGCAGUGUUAUAAGUGCUUUUUAUCUGGAGCACUGGCACAAGAUUAGAAAGAAAAUAUCAAUAAAAAGAUCUAUAUGCUAUCUGUCAUCCACUUUAUGAACCGGUAUGUGUAAUUAUGAGAUCCAGACUGGCACAAGAAAAAUGUACAGGUCAUUAUACUUGCUUGUGUCUGAAGUAAACUGCCAUAUCCAUAAAACAGGUUCUAUUCAUGAUAAAAUUUCAAUUUUUUUUCUCACAUUUCUCUUCAAAUUAAUUUUCACGAAGACAUAAAAGUAAUUUUCUCAUUCCUCAGCAUUUAGCUAGAUAGAUGCUAUCCAAAUUGGGAUUUUGUUAUUUUCUUUCUGGUGUCAGUGGUCUAACAUUUGCUAGUCAUAUAAACAGCGAAAACUAUAAUAUAUACAUAUAUAUACACAUACAAUUUUUUUUUUUUUAUCUUUACUCUGUUGUGCAUCAUGUACUUUACAUUGAUAAAUGAGGCAUUGUUCUUGUGCAUUCAAAAUUUAGCUGUGGAUUACUACACCCAAGUCCCCUUUUUCAUUACUAGUGUCUCAAUGACUGUUGUACUCCUGUUUUGGUCUAGUUUUAGGUAUACUGAAAAUUGUUUUUGUUUGUAUAUGAUGAUUCUUAUUCCAAAAUAUUUACAAUGUUCACAAAAUUACUCUUUUCUUGAGUUUAUAUCUGUUCUGAACCUUUAAAGCAGCUAUGGAGAAAAUAAAACAACUUGUUUUUAGAGUAAAUUAAGUCAUAUAUGUUAAUUCAUGUACUAUAGAAAUAAAAUCUUGAAAGAAAAAUUGUAAAUAUGUUGACAUGUAUUGAGAUUUUUUAAUUUUAAAUUUUUGUGUUCCAGAAAUUUAGCAACAGUUUAUAUUUAAACAACAAAAAUGCUGUAGUAUAUGGUUUAAAAACACUCCUAAAAAUGUUGCUCAAGCAAUUACUGGACUUCUACAGUUACUCUACAUAGCAGGUUUUAGGACAGGCAACAUUUCCUUACAAUGGGACUUUAUGAAUUCUGUAACAUAAUCUCUUUGCCUUGCUAAUCUUUGAAUGAUAACUCACGGAUCAUAGAGUACUAAAGGAAAAACCAAAACAAAAAGCAGGAAUUUCUGAUUUUACAGUUUGUAAAAACCUACAUAGAUUAUUGCUGCUUAGGUUUGGUAUUAUGUAAUUGUAUUCAUAUAUUGUAAAAUCAGAUAUUUUCACAAGGGUUUUAUUUUUUGCUAUAUUUUCUGUCCUUUGUGGAAAUAAGUACUUGUAAAAGUGUUACUAUUCAGUAGUCCUGUCUUUUAAACAAGCAGGCCAAUAUCAUCAACAGUCUACCAUGCUAACAUUACAGCAAAUUUUUAGCCUCACGAAAAUAUCUGAUUUUAUAGUAGUUGUAUGGCAGUGUUAUUGUGAAGUCUGUGACUUCAUAACAUUUGUGUUCUGUUUUAAAAUACACAUUUAGUAAUGGUGUUCAUCUUUAUUGUAAUGUAUAAAAGUUUUAAGGAAUAAAUUUAUAUGAAAUCA